CUCGGUACCCACUGGCUUGACAGCAGAUUGCCGGCUUGGAGCGCAAAUUGCCGCUUGCCUUUGGGUUCGAAGGGCACACUACAAUGCACCAUAGCAUUCACAACAAUCUUAUUAGGCGUUGCGUUGUGAAUACAUUCUCAAGACGUCUCCUGUCGAUCAUCACCGCCUCAUUAUACGGCGUCAAUUGUGGCGCACCACCAACUUCUUUGAUCGUUCGCCGUCAGCGCUGCUCGCCUAGCUAUCCAAUAUCCAAACAAGAAAGAGUUCCCGGAUGUCGCUCGCAAUCUGCUCCAACACCCGGCGGUUUGAUCACCUACCCGCAAUCCUUGGACGCGACAGCCUUACUUUCAGAUGGCGAGCAUUGUAUGAUGAGUAUAGGGACAAAGGCGAGCUGCUCAGACAGGCCAACAGCGGCUCGUAUCGAAGCACCCUGCGUGUCACCUGGUCGUCCAUCGAACGCCACCCCCGCGCGACAUGCUGCCUCGCACCACAAGCAGGGCUUGGAGUCAGGAACCUUAGGCCUUGGAUGCAAGAUAUCGUACCUUGAGAUAGAACGGCAGUUCUUUGUAUGGAGCUGAUGUGGACUAUCCUGACCUAUCAUUUCGAUUGCCAUGACACCUCCAGUCAGCCGCUCUGCAGGUAAAUAGCCGAGCUGUACUUGCAUCAUUUUUCGGUUCUGUGAGGAUGCAUUCGUCUGGACGUCCGUCUCUUUACACGGAUAAAAGCACUGCGGAACCGGUUGAGGCCCUGAUCUGAGUCGGCAUCAAUUUCUAGCUCGGUGGAGGGUUUCAUACGUGAGACUGGUGGAUAG